AUGGCCAUCAAUGCUUGCGACUUCCUCUCUCCCUGCCCUCCUCUUUCUCGAUCUCCACUACUGAUGCUUCCACUGGACAAAGACAAAGACGAGGAGGGCCAUGGCUGGCGCUUCUUCAGUCUCAAGGACAAGACCGGCCUCGCCCUCCGCAGCUUCCCGGAGGCCCUUUCCGACAGCCGCUGUGUCGGGUCUUCGCGAGGUUGGCUCGUGCUCUUGGACAAGGACUCGGAGCCUUAUCUCUUCGACCCGCUUCGCGGCGGCCAGGUCCUCCGCCUCCCUCCCGCCAAGACGUUCCCCAGCGUGCUCCAAGUGCUUCAGAGCGUCCACGACAACAGCUGCAGUCCGGCCACCUUUUACGAGACGAACCAUCUGGGGAGUGGCCGGGGCACGACCCUACUUCCUGUCCUGCCGCUUCGCGACUAUGUCAUUUCGAAGGCCGUGUUAUCAGCGAACCCUAAUGACGAUGCUGAGGGCAAGAGCUGCUGGGUCGUCGCGAUCUUUGGCAUUGAGUCGAAGCUUGCGUUUUGCAGCUGCAAAGACUUCGACGGAGUUGGCAUGUGGACGGAGCUAGCUGGUGACGGUGGUCCUUAUAGCGACGUCACAUUCUACCAGGGCACGCUCUUUGCCCUCCGCGACAGUGGAUUCGUCGAAGCGUGGGACUUCAACAGGGAUCACCCCAUGAAAAUCACGGAGAUUAACUCCUCCUUCCCCCGGAAAUCAGCCGAGGCUGAACGUGCUCUCAGGAAUGUUUGUUUUACGAACGCGUACUUAGUCGAGGCGGCGAGUGAGCUUUUGCUUCUCGUGAGGUUCACAGGGUAUUUCGUGAACAGGCACGGUGUCCCGGUCGAAGAAGAUGACUUCCUGACAGAGGAGGACAUGGACACUUCGGUCCGUCCCUCCAGAACCCUGUAUUUUCAUGUUUACGUGCUGGACAUGAACAGCGAGGAAUGGGUGUGGCUGGACUCGAUCGGCAACCGGGCCAUCUUUGUGGGCAGGAGCCACUCGAGAUCGGUGUCGGCCCGGGACUUCCCAGAGCUCGAGACAAACUCGGUGUACUUCACCGAUGAUAACUGGGAUCCGGAGGAGCACGGCGACUCGUACGGUGGGCAAGACAUGGGGGUGUACAGCUUGAAGAGCGGGAAGGUGAAGGAGAUUUGCGAACUGGGCUCGGACAGGAUCGAUUCUCCUCCGCUUUGGGUUUUCCCAUCUGAUUAUCCUUCUUAG